AUAGUUAACUGAAUGAAAAAUCUGCAUGUAAUUUCUAAGACUUGUCUGUGAUUUCUAAAAUCCCCCUGAACAUUAAAAAUAACCCGACUGUGGCGCCUGUACUACACCAAGCAAAAAGAUAACUGAGCGCGUGCAAAGUGCGCGUGCGUCCCAUCCAGGGCUCGUGCCGUUCAAGUGCUGUAGACAGACUCCUGCAUCACAAACAAAAAGACUGAACUGAACUGAACAGUGCUCUCUUUAAACAAAAAAAAACUAGUAUAUGCUUAGUGUUUAAAACAAAUUACAAUUUGUACCAACCAACGUGUAGAAGUUAAGCAGGAGCACAGAGUUUGUUUUUUACACUAAACAGUCCGGAUGUGAUGGACGUACGCUUUGGACAGGUGCCGCUCACCGUUACGCACAGGCAUGGAGGGGUGAACCAGCUUGGCGGUGUCUUCGUUAACGGGCGCCCGUUACCGCACGUGGUGAGACAGCGCAUCGUGGAGCUCGCUCAACGGGGCGUGCGGCCCUGUGAGAUCUCCCGCCGGCUGCGCGUGAGUCACGGCUGCGUCAGCAAAAUACUGACCAGAUACAAUGAAACAGGGAGCAUCAGACCAGGACUGAUUGGAGGCUCCAAGCCCAAAGUGGCCACUCCCAAAGUCGUGCAAACGAUCCUGCAUCUGAAACACACCAACCCCAGCAUGUUUGCGUGGGAGAUCCGAGACAGGCUGCUGCUGGAACGGGUGUGUGACGAUGAAAGUGUGCCCAGCAUCAGCUCCAUCAACAGGAUCAUCAGAAGCAAAGUCCAGUCUGAGUCUUACGAAGUCGUUGCCAGGGAAACAGCCUAUUCUCCCGAGUCCACCUAUUCCGUCUGUGGCAUUCUGGGAAUCAGGAAAUGCAGCAGUAAACAUAAGGAAGUCCCCGCGGCAGGACGUCCACCUCACCACCCCAGGCUUCUGUCCUCUCAGGCUGUAGGCUCUCUGCUCCUCCCAGCCUCCCCCUCACCUCAGCCUCUCAUUACAGGCCCACGUACAUCUCCAACCCUCCAUCACUGCAAGCCAUUAGAACAGGGCAUUGCACAGAUGAAAAUGUACACUUACAGCUGGGAUGACACACAUGCAUGUAUUUUAUCAUUCUACUAAUUAGAACAAGUGACAAUUGCAGCAUGGGGACGUAGGUAGGAAGAGAAAUAAAUGUGAGCUUGGACAGAAGCUGUUUUGUUUUCCAGGAGGAGACGUCUCCUACCACGAGCAGCCAUGUUCCUGUAGUGAUGCGUGGGGGUGGCCUGUCCCCUGCCUCACCCUUUACCAUGGCCCACCAGCUAAUCAUAAUCCAGACCUCUUG